AUGGCCCCUCCAGAUCCCACCCCCGAUCACUCCCACCCCCCCAGUCCGAUCGAGGACCAGCCGGUCUCGGGGCUAUCUUCUGCAGCCAUCUCGCGCCGAACGUCAUUCUCCGAUCAGGCCGGCCUCGGCAGCAGUCACCUUGCUACUCCAGCCACGGGGGCGCAGACCCCCGACCCUCUGCUGGGCCCCAAGCUUGCUGCGCCCGCUGAUGUGCUGAAGAAACUCCCCCAGACCAUCAUACGGCCCCUCGACAGCGACGACGAGGCCCUGGAGCUGUCGGCCACUGGCCCUCGAUUCCGUCGUCCAUCCGCCGUCUACGCGGGCGACAACGUGUACGCCGAUGAAGCCGCCUCCCCACCCCCCGAGGCCUCCACGGCUGCUCGGCAGGGCAUCCCCCCGGAGCUGUCCAGCUUCGCCGCGGAGCUCAUGCUGGUGGCCGUCUGCUCCGUCGGUCUGAUGCUCUUUUCUUUCCUUCUGGGGGACAUGCUGGCGCCGCAGAUCCCGAUCCGGGCGGCCUUGGGCAUCAGCAACACCGAACUGCCUUGGUUGGUGGGUGCCUUCAACGUGGCCAACGGACUCUCGGUCGUGGUGUCGGGCUCCCUGACCGACCUCACCCCGCCCCGACCCCUGAUGGUGGGGGCGUUUGGCUGGCUGACACUGUGGAAUGUCAUCGGCGCCUUCUCCCUCUCGCCCUCGCGCCGCAUCCUCUUCUUCCUGGUGCGGGCCAUGCAGGGUCUGGCGAUUGGGGUGCUGGUCUCGGGGAGUAUGAGCAUCCUGGGCCGCGUCUACAAGCCGGGGAUCCGCAAGAACCGCGUCUUCAGCGCGAUGGCGGCCUGCGCCCCCUUUGGCUUCUCGCUCGGCGCCAUCCAGGGCGGGCUGCUGUUCCACCGCCUCCCCUGGAUCUUCGGGUCCAACGCGAUACUCACCGGGCUGUGUGCCGUGGCCGCCUUCUUCGCCAUCCCGCCGCUGCGCCCGCAAGCCGACGUCGCCGGCACCGAGGCCCCCUCCCUGAGGCAGUUCGACUACCUGGGGGCGGGCUUGGCCGUGGGCGGCUGCGUGUGUCUGCUCUUUGGCCUCACGCAGGGUGGGGUGACGAACUGGUCCCCGUACACGAUCGCUUUGACGGUGCUGGGGCUGGUGCUGUUGGUGGGCCUCUUCCUCGCUGAACGCUACGCGGUGCGGCCGCUGAUCCCGAACCGACUGUGGAGGACGAAGGGCUUCACCCCGCUGAUGAUCGCCUACUUCCUGGGGUUUGGCUCCUACUUUGGCUGCUGGCAGUUCUACGCCAUCCAGUUCUGGCUGCGCAUUCAGCACGCCACCCCGGUUGCGGUGGCCCUCUACCACAUCCCCAACGCCCUCGUCGGGGUGUUCGCGACCUGGGUCGUCAGUCGCACCCUGCAUCUAGUCCCCGGCCAUUACAUCUACACCAUCUCCAUGUUCGCCUUCACGCUGGGCCCCGCCUUCUUCCUGCCUCAGACCGCCCACACCACCUACUGGGCGCUCUCCUUCCCCGGCAUUGCUUUGGUGACGUUCGGGCCCGACCUGGCCUUCGCGGCCGCCUCGAUCUUCAUCACCAGCAGUGUCGCCCGCUCGUACCAGGGCAGCGCGGGCAGUCUGCUGGUGACGAAUCAGAACCUCAGCGCGGCGAUUCUCACCAGUGUGGCCGACGCGAUUGGCACACGCGUGGACAAGACCCCGGACGGCGAUGUCGGGCUGACGGGGCUGCGCGCCAUCUGGUGGUUUGCGCUUGGCUGUCAGCUGGUGGCGGCGUUGAUUACAGUGACCUGCGUGCGGAUUCCGAAGGAGGAGGAGAAGGAGCAUGUUACUUGA